GGUUGGUUCCUGCAACUGCUACACGAUUAGUUUUCUUUUAUUCUCAGUAUUCUGGUCAACGGUCAAUGCCAUCACCGUGAGGAGGCCGCGGAGAAGGCACGAUUGUGUAAGACUGUAAGCAUUAAGACUCUUCCCUCUCUUUGAACCAUUCAAACUGGCUGCUAUAGAGGGAUAAUUAGGGUUAGGGUUAGGGUUAGGGUUUUGUGUCACUGCCAUGGAUUUCGAGAGUAGAAGGGUUCAUUUGCUCCUCUCCGUGGCUGCCAUCGUUGCUCUUAGCUUCACAGCUGAAAAAUGCAGGCAGCUUGUUGGGGAGGAGGGAUCAUCCCAGAGUGGGAAGUUUACGAUCUUAAAUUGCUUUGAUAUGGGUUCUGGAACUGUAGCAUGUGCUGUGAAGGAAGGUGUGAAGCUCUAUGUUUACAAUAUUAGAUCUUCUCACGCUGAAAGAGCGAGGAGUCAUGCAAUCGAGUCUGCCCUUGUUGAUGCUGUUGCUCAGGGGAUGUCCCCAACAGAUUCAGCAAAACAUGCACAGAAAGAAGGGAAAAAGGCAGCGAAGUUAGCUUCCCGUCAAGCCAAGCGGAUUAUAGGCCCCAUCAUCUCUUCUGGAUGGGACUUUUUUGAAGCUAUUUACUAUGGUGGUACUCUCACAGAAGGGUUCCUUAGGGGCACUGGUACUUUGUUUGGUACUUAUGCUGGAGGGUUCUUCGGGGAACAAAGGCUUGGUAGACUUGGCUAUCUUGUUGGAAGUCACAUGGGCAGUUGGGUUGGUGGUAGAAUAGGAUUGAUGAUUUAUGAUGUGGUUAGUGGAGUGCAUUUGUUGUUGCAAUUUGUUCAGACUGGAGAAAUUGAAGUUCAUGAAAAAUCUGGACCACCUGAAAGUUCCUUUUUUGGUGAAACUCCUGUUUAUGACAGCUCUGAAGGCUCCAGUGUUUAUGAAUCACCUCCCAGUGAAGAAUCCUAUGCCUAUGAAUCUACUGAACGUCAGAGCUAUGAAACUUAUGAAGAUUCUGAGCUGUGAUGAAAUGAAAAUUUGAUGUUCAUAUUGAUAUUUGCACAAAUUUUAGGUCAGCUAUGAAGGUUCCAUCGUUGGCAAAAUCAUCUCCCGCAAAGAAUCCAAUGCCAGCGAAUCUACUGAACCUCAGAGCCAUGAAAUAUAUGAAAAUUCUGAAUUGAGAUUAAUUUUUGAAGUUCAUAUAGUGGUACUUGUUCGAAUUUUAGAUCGAUGAUAUAGUGCUUUUCUUCAAUGUCUUUGCUUCAAUAUAGUGGGAAUUGCUAGCUCGUGGAGACUUUAUAAAUGUUCCACCUCAUGUAAUUCAGUAUUUGGCGAAUGUUGAAGGUCCAAAAUUAUCAUGCUGCAUGUAUCUGUCUAUUCCAACUAUGCUUUUAUUUAUAUUUUCCCCAAUUAUUUAUUAUUGUAAUUACAUUAUUAUUAUUUUCA